UGGAGUAAUACGUUCCACAAUGGCGUCUGUUCCCGUUCUAUACCACGCAGAAGAAGGCUACUUCUCACAACUGGCUCGGUUAGCUCUGGCCGAGAAGGGCAUCGACUACAAGAGUCACCUGAUCAGCCUAGCGACAGACGAGAUGCACGAGGCAUGGUUCCUGAGGACAGUCAACCCUAAGGGAAUGGUACCGGCCAUGGAACAUCAUGGAAAGUACUAUACAGACUCGAGUGACAUUAUGGUGUAUGUGGACACUUUACCAUCUGACGGACCGAAGCUGUUCCCCGACGAUUCCUCAGUGAUGGGGGACAGGGUAGGACACUUCUCCGAUCUCCUAGGAUCUAUCAAUGUUAGGGUCGUUAGUUAUGGCUCUAUUUUUCAUCGACACCUAACAGUUGACAGCCAAGUUUCUCCUCUCAUGACAAAGGAGAAAGUACGAGCGAGGAUUGAGGGCUUUGGAAAAAACCUAGCUAUUGUCCAAGAGCAAAACCCCGAUUUGAAGGCAGGUUUGAGUGGGAGAAGGGGACUGUACGACGAGGCUGACACCAUCUUUGAUGAAAAGAGGGUUAUUGCGGUCUUCGAGGACGUCGACAGAAUCUUUGGCGAAGUCGAAGAAGAACUACAGAAACGAAAAGCAGAAUUCGCAGGUGAUGAUGAGUACUGGCUGUGUGGCAAUACCGUCACGGUCGCAGAUAUUCACCUAUCCUGCUUUCUUCAUCGUUUGACCUUCGUGGGUCAGGCCCAAAGGUUUUACCUGUCGAAGCGCCCUCUAAUGACGGACUACUACAACCGUAUACUCCAGAGGAAUUCCUUCCGGGUAGCAUGUGGCGAUGCGAACAGCCGCUUCUUAAAAACAAAAUGAAGAUUAGCUUUU